UAUAGUCCUAGUGCGCACAUCGCCUUUGGUUUCAGACUCCCGAGUCCCUAGCGCUAAGAUUCUUUAUCAAAAACCUGUUGAGGUAUGCCUUACAUGACCCUUAAAACUUUCUAGUAACUGUUUGACAUUUUGUCAGUCUUUAAAGCCUGAGCAAACUGCCAAUCCGAUGUGUCGGACAUGGCUACAGUUCCUCGCGCUUCUGGGUGGAUUUGCAGUGCCAGGUGAGUUAGACAUUACUUCCUUAAUUUCUGUAGGGCUCAAAUGGCUACAGUUCAGGUGAACAGAGCCCCAAUCUAAUUUCCAUCAUAAUGAUAAUGAGUAACCUACUCUUGAUUCUAUAUACUUUAUCAUUAUAGAAUAGCUUGGGCAUUGACAUGUUUUUCAGGUAGACCAGGCCAACGAUCAGUGAUCAGCUCUCAUGGAUAAUUAUCAGACUAUUUUAAAUAAUCCCACAGCACCCCCUCUCGCACCCAUCUGAACAAAAAUAUAAACGCAACAUGCAUCAAUUUAAAAGAUUUUACUGAGUUACAGUUCAUAUAAGGAAAUCAGUCAAUUGAAAUAAAUUCAUUAGGCCCUAAUCUAUGGAUUUCACAUGACUGGUAAUACAGAUAUGCAUCUGCUGGUCACAGAUACCUUUUUUUUUAAAAGGUAGGGGCGUGUAUCAGGAAACCAGUCAGUAUGGUGUGAUCACCAUUUGCCUCAUGCAGCGUGACACAUCUCCUUCGCAUAGAAUUGAUCAGGCUGUUGAUUGUGGCCUGUGGAAUGUUGUCGCACUCCUCUUCAAUGGCUGUGCGAAGUUGCUGAAUAUUGGCGAGAACUGGAACAUGCUGUCGUACUCGUAGAUCCAGAGCAUCCCAAACAUGCUCAAUGGGUGACAUGUCUGGUGAGUAUUCAGGCCAUGGAAGAACUGGGACAUUUUCAGCUUCUAGGAAUUUUGUACAGAAACUUGCGACAUGGCGCCGUGCAUUAUCAUGCUGAAACAUGAGGUGAUGGUAAGGAAUGAAUGGCACGACAAUGGGCCUUAGGAUAUCAUCACGGUAUCUCUGUGCAUUCAAAUUGCCAUUGAUAAAAUGCAAUUGUGUUCGUUGUCCAUAGCUUAUGCCUGCCCAUACCAUAACCCCACUGCCACCAUGGGGCACUCUGUUCAUAACGUUGACGUCAGCAAACCGCUCACCCACACGACGCCAUACAUGCUGUCUGCCAUCUGCCCGGUACAGUUGAAACCGGGACUCAUCCGUGAAGAGCACACUCCUCCAGAGUGACAGUGGCCAUCGAAGUUGAGCAUUUGCCCACUGAAGUCGGUUACGACGCCGAACUGCAGUCAGGUCAAGACCCUGAUGAGGACGACGAGCACGCAGAUGAGCUUCCCUGAGACGGUUUCUGACAGUUUGUGCAGAAAUUCUUCGGUAUUACAAACCCACAGUUUCAUCAGCUGUCCGGGUGGCUGGUGUCAGACGAUCCCGCAGGUGACGAAGCCGGAUAUGGAGGCCCUGGGCUGGCGUGGUUACACGUGGUCUGCGGUUGUGAGGCCGGUUGGACGUACUGCCAAAUUCUCUAAAAUGACGUUGGAGGUGGCUUAUGGUAGAGAAAUUAACAUUCAGUUAUCUGGCCACAGCUCUGGUGGACAUUCCUGCAGUUAGCAAGCCAACUUCACGCUCCCUCAAAACUUGAGACAUCUUUGGCAUUGUAUUGCUUGACAAAACUGCACAUUUUAGAGGGGCCUUUUAUUGUCCCCAGCGCAAGGGGUACCUGUGUAAUAAUCAUGCUGUUUAAUCAGCUUCUUGAUAUGCCACACUUGUCAGUUGGAUGGAUUAUCUUGGCAAAGGAGAAUGCGCACUAACAGGGAUGUAAACAAAUUUGUGCACAAAAUUUGAGAGAAAUAAGCUUUGUGUGCAUAAUAUAAAUACUAUGGAAAAUGUCUGGGCUCUUUUAUUUCAGCUCAUGAAACAUGGGACCAACACUUUACAUGUUGCGUUUAUAUUUUUGUUCAGUGUAUAAGAACUAAGAAUUAAGGUAGGUCUAUACCCGUUUUGUUCCUUGUAGCCCUUUUCUGCAGUCAAAUGACCUAGUGGCCUCAUGGGUGGAAUGUUAUUAAUAUUUUAUUAAUAACAUUAUUUUUAAAAAAAACGCAGAAAAUCCAGUGUUUCUAUGUCAAACAGUUCUGUUAUAUUUUAGUGUUCUGUGAUGCACAUAAAGUGUAAUAUUGGGAUGCAAACUGAAAAUUUAAUACAUUUCAACUCUAUAUCUGACAUGGUGCAGGUGUCUUAUUUUUUUAAGCCCAUAACCAUGUGUGUGAGGUGUUUACUUUUGUUUCAAAGUGGAUUUGUUUAAGACUACGAAGAAACACUCUGUAUGACCCUGAUUUAGCCCUCUGCAGUAAAAGGUUAAGAAACGUUUUGCAACAGAAUUGGCGGAAUGAAUACACCCCUGAUCACCCGCAUGACAUGCCAGCAACAAACGCUGACACUACACAUCCAAGUAUAUCUGACCAAAUUAUGAAAGACAAGAAUUGUAAUUUUGAAUUCCGUAAAGUGAGUGUGGAGGAGGUGAAUAAAUUAUUGUUGUCUAUCAACAAUGACAAGCCACCGGAGUCUGACAACUUGGAUGGAAAAUUACUGAGGAUAAUAGCGGACGAUAUUUCCACUCCUAUUUGCCAUAUCUUCAAUUUAAGCCUACUAGAAAGUGUGUUCCCUCAGGCCUGGGGGGAAGCAAAAGUAAUUCCGCUACCUAAGAAUAGGAAAGCCCCCUUUACUAGCUCAAAUAGCCGACCAAUCAGCCUGUUACCAACCCUUAGUAAAGUUUUGGAAAAAAUUGUGUUUGACCAGAUACAAUGCUAUUUUACAGUAAACAAUUUGACAACAGACUUUCAGUACGCUUAUAGGGAAGGACAUUCAACAAGCACAGCACUUACACAAAUGGCUGGGAGAAAUUGAUGAGAAAAAUAUUGUGGGGGCUGUUUUGUUAGACUUCUGUGUGGCUUUUGACAUUAUCGAUCAUAGUCUGCUGCUGGAAAAACGUAUGUGUUAUGGCUUUACUCCUCCUGCUAUAUUGUGGAUAAAGAGUUACCUGUCAAACAGAACACAGAGGGUGUUCGUUAAUGGAAGCCUCUCCAACAUAAUCCAGGUAGAAUCAGGAAUUCCCCAGGGCAGCUGUCUAGGCCCCUUACUUUUUUCAAUCUUUACUAACGACAUGCCACUGGCUUUGAGUAAAGCCAGUGUGUCUAUGUAUGCGGAUGACUCAACAAUAUACACGUCAGCUACCACAGUGACUGAAAUGACUGCAACACUUAACAAAGAGCUGCAGUUAGUUUCAGAAUGGGUGGCAAGGAAUAAGUUAGUCCUAAAUAUUUCAAAAACUAAAAGCAACACAAAUCAUUCACUAUACCCUAAACCGCAACUAAAUCUUGUAAUAAAUAAUGUGGAAAUUGAGCAAGUUGAGGUGACUAAACUGCUUGGAGUAACCCUGGAGUGUAAACUGUCAUGUUCAAAGCAUAUUGAUACAAAAGUAGCUAAGAUGAGGAGAAGUCUGUCCAUAAUAAAGCGCUACUCUACCUUCUUAACAGCACUAUCAACAAGGCAGGUCCUACAGGCUCUAGUUUUGUCGCACCUGGACUACUGUUCAGUCGUGUGGUCAGGUGCCACAAAGAGGGACUUAGGAAAAUUGCAAUUGGCUCAGAACAGGGCAGCAUGGCUGGCCCUUGGAUGUACACAGAGAGCAAACGCUCAUAAUAUGCAUGUCAAUCUCUCCUGGUUUAAAGUAGAGGAGAGAUUGACUUAAUCACUACUGGUAUUUGUGAGCGGUAUUGGCAUGUUGAAAGCACCAAGCUGUCUGUUUAAACGACUAGCACACAGCUCAGACACCAGAGGUCUCUUCACAGUCCCCAAGUCCAGAAUAGACUAUGGGAGGCGCACAGUACUACAUAGAGCCAUGACUACAUGGAACUCUAUUCCACAUCAGGUAACUGAUGCAAGCAGUAGAAUCAGAUUUUUUUUUUAAAGAUAUGAAAACACACCUUAUGGAACAGCGGGGACUGUGAAGCAACACAAACAUAGGCACAGGCACAUGCAUACACACACGAUAACAUACGCACUAUACACACACGUACACAUGGAUUCUGAGUUGUAGAUAUGUGGUAGUGGAGUAUGGGCCUGAAGGCACACACUUAGUGUGUUGUGAAUUCUGUAAUGAAUGUAUUGUAAUUUUUAUAAAAUUGUAUAACUGCCUUAAUUUUGCUGGACUUCAGGAAGAGUAUGGGGAUCCAUAAUAAAUACAAAUACACACAGUUCACUUUCAUAGCAGCUAUACAAACAGCAUCACCACAUCUACACGCUCUCCUCCUCUCACAUUUUCCCUUCGCUUGUGGAAUUCAGUGCACAACACAACAGCUGUCUGUGCCCAGGCGAAAAAACCACUCCAAGCCAAACCUUCAUACCAUAACCGCUACACACAGCCUACAUCGCUGUCACCAUAUUAGCUAACGUCAUAGUCAACAUACACUACAUGACCAAAAGUAUGUGGACACCUGCUCGUCGAACAUCUCAUUCCAAAAUCAUGGGCAUUAAUAUGGAGUUGGUCCCCCCUUUGCUGCUAUAACAGCAUCCACUCUUCUGGGAAGGCUUUCCACUAGAUGUUGGAACAUUGCUGCGGGGACUUGCUUCCAUUCAGCCACAAGAGCAUUACUGAGGUCGGGCACUGUUGUUGGGCGAUUAGGCCUGGAUCGCAGUCGGCGUUCCAAUUCAUCCCAAAGGUUUUCAAUGGGGUUGAGGUCAGGGCACUGUGCAGGCCAGUCAAGUUCUUCCACACCGAUCUCGACAUACGAUUUCUGUAUGGAUCUCGCUUUGUGCACGGGGGCAUUGUCAUGCUGAAACAGGAAAGGGCCUUUCCCAAACUGUUGCCACAAAGUUGGAAGCACAGAAUCGUCUAGAAUGUCAUUGUAUGCUGUAGCGUUAAGAUUUCCCUUCACUUGAACUAAGGGGCCUAGCCCGAACCAUGAAAAACACCACAGACCAUUAUUCCUCCUCCACCAAACUUUACAGUUGGCACUAUGCAUUGGGGCAGGUAGCGUUCUCCUGGCAUCCGCCAAAUCCAGAUUUGUCUGUUGGACUGCCAGAUGGUAAAGCGUGUUUUCACUGCUCCAGAGUUCAAUGGCGGUGAGCUUUACACCACUCCAGCCGACGCUUGGCAUUGAGCAUGGUGAUCUUAGGCUUUAGCACUUGGCGGUCCCGUUCUGUGAGCUUGUGUGGCCUACCACUUCGCGGCUGAGCUGUUGUUUCUCCUAGUCGUUUCCACCUCACAAUAACAGCACUUACAGUUGACCGGGGCAGCUCUAGCAGGGCAGAAAUUUGACGAACUGACUUGUUGGAAAGGUGGCAUCCUAUGACGGUGCCAUGUUGAAAGUCACUGAGCUCUUCAGUAAGGCCAUUCUACUGCCAAUGAUUGUCUAUGGAGAUUGCAUGGCGGUGUGCUCAAUUUUAUACACCUGUCAGCAGGUGCGCAACUUUCACUGGAGACGGGGGGGACAUGUCCCCCCACAUUCUGAAAUUGUAUUUUUGUCCCCCCCAGUUUUAUUAUUAGAAUGUGAUACAAAACGAGGCGAAGUGUGCUUUAGGGCCAUGCGGACGCCUCAGAGCAGUCGGGUAGGCUGUUAGGAGUGUAUAUCCGACUGGAUGAUUUUAUUUAUUUAUUUAUUUAUUUAUAAUAAAAAAUGAUGUGCCCCCCACUUCUAAAUCCAAAGUUGUGCCCCUGCCUCUCAGUGUGGCUGAAAUAGCUGAAUCCACUAAUUUGAAGGGGUGUUCACAUACUUUUGUAUACAUAGUGUAGAUACUAGAACUAACACGUUAGUAAACCCACAAUCCAAUCCAUGUGUAGAAUGACGCAGUAAUGUACAGCAAGCAGUUUAGCAGUUACACCGGCUGGCCCCGGUGGCAAUAAAUGAAUACAACCAAAAGCUUACCUUGAAUUGGAAGAGUUGGUGUGUUGGAUAGCCUUAGCUUGCUAGCUAACAUAAAUAUCAUUCCUCUCUGUUUGAGUCAGGUUCUUGAGUAGGCUAAAUUAGCUGCAUAAGCUAGCUUAAGUAAAACUGAAACUGGAAGGAAAAAAAUACAACGAAAUAUAUCUUUCUCUCUCUCUCUCUCUCUCCAUCUGCUGCUUCUCCUUAAUUUUUGAAGAAAUUAAUUUGUGAUAAAAAAAAAACCGAUUGUCUUUCGCUCUCUUUGAGUCAACUACUCACCACCAAAGCCACGGGGCCUUUAUUACUCCUGUAUGAGCAGACAAAAAUAGUCAUCAGCAGCACAAGGAGAAAAAAUACUGCUAUUGACACACUGUUGAAUUAUGCAACAAAACGUGACAACAACAGUAAUAUAUGAGGCAGUCUAGACAGCGCAGGUGAGUACAGGUAGGCCUAGACAGAGCAAGGGUUUUGGUGGUUGCAGGCCUGUUCCAUCCCUUUAUGUUAAUGUAUACGUAUAUGCAAAUUCACCUGGUGUAUUAAAAAAAAAGAUUAUAUAUAUAUUUUUAAAUACAAUACCUGAUACCAUUAGAACAUGUACAGGCUAUAUCAGUGUAUUCUAAGAAAAAAAAAGUUACAUUUGAUAAUAAAUUGAAUAGGCUACCUGAAUUCCCACCAAAAUCCCAGAAUUCCAUUAAUUAAUUGUCCGUGCCAAUGGGUACAGAUGGAAGAUAGAAUGUUUGCCAGAAGAGCUUUAUCAAAAUCCUUUAAUACUCCCUGGCUGGUUCAGUCUCCUAUACGUGGACCUCUGGACUGAACACCUACAAUCAUUAACCAGCCACAUGCUGAUAUCAUUAACCACACAUACACCACACACACACACACUCUGCCCAAUAUAACACAAUGAGUGCCUGGCACAGCAGUGGAAUGCUGAAUGAAUCAUUACAGGGCCAUUCCACCUGCUUUCUAAUUUCUUUUUUUUUUUUUAUAGUUGAUUUGCUCUUUCAGUUUGCUUUGUGUUUGACUUAAGUGUGAAUUAGAACUCUAGCUCACCUUAUUGUGGUGAUUGGUCCACACUGGACUACACAAAGGACUGUAGGAGAGGAAACACACUUGAAGGGUUUGACUGAGUACAAAUUGCAGCAUUUAAGGGAGGGAGGGUACACUUAGUGAGCUACAGUGAUUUGAGGAGUGUAGUCAGUGUACCACUUGGCUCUUGAAAGUCAAGGCCACGUUUACUGAAGAUGCACUGUAUAGUUCUGUGUAUACUGAAGCAAGUGGGCUAAGUUUAAACUGAAGAUAUGUAAACAGACACGGUUGUUUUUAAAACCACUAACAACCUUCUCAUGGUCAUAUGCAUCCUUGAAGCUGUGAAAUAAAGAUUUUUGUGUUUAAUAGUGUGCUCUGAAUGUUCUGUGAGGACUUUGAUAAGGUGCUUGCUCAUGCUGCUCUGUGUUAUUUAAAUGCAUUUAUUGUAUAUAGUGUAUACUGGACGGUAUAUCUGUGCCCACGUGUCUCAUUGGGUCCAUUCUUUGUGUCAGGUGUGCUGCGAGUUGGUGGGAUGGAGGUUUUUAUGUCCAAUGAGGUGGAGGCGGUGAACGGGACAGAAGUGAGACUGAAGUGCACCUUUAAGUCCAAACACCCCGUGUCCCACUCCUCUGUGACUGUCUCCUGGAACUUCCGUCCCUUGGGCCAGGGAGCCGAGGAGUCGGUGGGUGACCUUUCCACACUGGAAGCAGGACUAACAGUAGUCAUGCAGCGAAUGUGUCUGAAUUAGGAGGAAGACUGGGUUAGACAUUGGAACACACCUUUGUAGUACAGGUUCUUACAUGAGUCAAAUCCAAAUCUAGCGAGUCUAUUGAGUCAUCACUUUAGGUUUCUUGAACCACUGUGAAUGUGUGUGAUGUUUAUUAAUGUAUGUAUUCUUUGAAACGUGUUUGUUUGUGUCAGGUGUUUUACUACCAGGAGAUGGCAUACCCCCCUACAGAGGGGCGGUUUAAGGGCCAUGCAGUGUGGUCAGGGGACAUCCUGAGACAGGACGCCUCCAUCAGCCUCCAGGACAUUCCCUUCACCUUCAACGGCACCUACACCUGCCAGGUUCGCAACCUUCCUGACGUCCACGGCAUCAACGGAGAGGUCACCCUCAGGGUCGUCCACAAAGGUCAGUCAGCCAGUCAGUCAAUCUGACAAUUAAUGUAAGUUCACAAAUAUCUACUCUAUGUCAAAAUGUACUGUAUAAGUCUACCAGCCACGUGUAAAGGGUUAUUGAGGAAUGUCAGUCAGUGCUAAUGCAUUGCUGUGUGUGUUCAUGUUGUGCUGUGCUGCUCCCUCCAGUGUCCGUCUCUGAGAUAGGCAUCCUGGCUGUAGCCAUCGGGGGAGCUAUCGCCAUAGUCCUGGUGGUGCUGGGCAUCUUUGUGGUGUUCAAGUACCGCAAACUCAAUCGCCACGCCAACACAGACCUGGAGCUGCUGGGGAGGGAACUGCAGGAGAGAGAGUUAAAUGCCAGGGUCCUAGAGGAGAGGGAGCUAAAUGCCAGGGAUAAGAAGGAGUGGAAGGACCCUACAGUGUGUUGAGGGAUCUAGGGGGGUUCAGGGGUCAGGGGCACGUCCCUUCCCUACCUCUGCUGGUAUGGGGAAGGUGUCCUGUCUGGAUGGACUGGUCUCUGACUAGAGGGGCUGGCCAGUCCAGGACAACACUGUUUGGGAGGGACUAAUUAAUUUGCGGGGGGUGUUCUGCUUUCUUCUACCCUCUGCUCACCUCUCCCUCAAUAUGAGCCACACAGACUGAACUUGCUACUGUAGUUGAACUAACCCCAGUAUUAGGGAUCCCUUUACGUUCCGCUAGUUUAAAUUUCAGGCACCAUUUCAUGCAUUUAAUGUUUUUUUUUACAAACAACUAUGUGAUUGUAUUUUGACUAUGUAGUAUUAUGACUACUAGUAGUCUAUUUGAGUCCAUUAUUUUAUUGCGUAAUAGUCCAAGAGAUACCAAUAUGUUGGAGGAGUUUUCUUUACCAAAAUUGCUGUUCUUUGGAACUUUUUCACUGACAUCAACUCACACCGGGACUGCUGGCCCAGCUGCCUGACCUAGGCUGGUAUGUCUAUCUGUCUGGGCUUCUCUGCUUUAACUCUUAUUAGAUAUGGUUGAAUUGGCACCAGCAGCAGUCUCUUGGUGUGGUGGCGUCCAACUAGCAGACUGUGGUUCAGCAACUCUUUGCUCCAGUAUUCAUCUUCUUUUUCAUCACAUUUGGUCUGGUAGCCAUUUGUUCCAAAUUAAUUUACAGAAUUAUUUGAACACUUGAAUAAUCAACAUUGCUCUAAAGCUGAGCUAAUGGCUCAUAUGAACAUAAUUCCAAAAUGAAUGUAUUUGACAGCAGAUUUGUGAGUGUGUUUUGUGGUUAUGGUCAAGGUCCCAUCGGGAGUUAAGUCAAUGAAACACUUUUGUUAAACCUGUGGUAUCUGGAGGUGGCUAAGGUUAAGGCUAAGGGCAGGUGGAAGCCCUGUAUCUGGAGGUGGCCAACACUCUCCUGCUUCCUGGAACAAUGACAACAUAAAUGACUACCUAUUACUUCUGGACAUAAAAAGGAACUGUUAUGCAUCUUUGAAUGCAGAAGAAGAACCCCACCAUUCCAAGAAGCCUGUUUUCAAUGGGUUUUGUAGUUUUUGUGAACUGAUGUUGCCACCAUGUGUCCAUUAUAGGAAGCAGCUCCAUCUCUCUCGCUCUGUGUCCAUGCUGAGGAUCAUGGGCGUUGUGGUCUCAAAGGUUUCUCCCUCUCUCUUACUCUGCCUCUCCUGUUGUAUUACAAAGCUGCCCUUGAGCCUAAUGAACAGAGGAAUCUAUACAAGACACUGUCAACACCCCAGCCUGCCGCUCACUCCUACAGUGUACACAAGUAUGGCUUUCAGUUUACAAGAAACAUGAAGAUGUCACUGACCCAGUCAUGAGGACAUCACCAGUCCAUUCUAGCAGGAGACUCUACAAGCUGCUGGUUCUGUUCUCCUGCCUCUGCAGUUAUCCAGCCUGAUGUGUUGUGUCCCGUCUGAUCAAUUCCUGCCUCUAGCCAGCCCCAUAACCCUCCCAUGGGAAUGGAAACGGCAUUCUCCUGAUAAAGAAUUCUGUGAAUGAUUCUAUUGAUUUAUUUCAUGCAUGCGUUUGUAAAGAUCAAAACUGUAUAUUUUAUCACACGUUUUAUAAGGCAGAGAGGUUUAUUUUAUUGUGUGUUUUUCAAUAAAGGA